CGUCAAAGCCGCGUAGACAAAGGGCGGGCGCGCGCACGUCCUUACGCACGGCUCGGCCGGCGGCGGCGGGCAAGGGCGGGAGGGACAGUCAGCGGAGGGAUUCGGAGCCCCGCAGCCUCGCGGUCGCUUUGGCAGCAUGCGAGCCACUUCUUGCCAAGAACCCAGGUCACCGCUGUGAAGGGGGCCUUAGGGAGAAGACUAUCCAGGGGAAGCUAAUGCCAGCAACGUCUGGAAUUACACUCACUGCAGGCAGCAUGAGCCAUUCUGCACAGGCAUCUGUGUCCUACUGGCAAAGCCUGGGGCUCUCCAGGUAGGAGGGUCCAGGAACUAGAAGAACAUCAGGAGACUCUCUAGAGGAAGAAUGGGGCCAGAUACGAACUCUCUACAGUGAACACGAUUUUCACCUUAUGGAAGAAUUUUAAGAAAAACAAUUAUUUAAUUUCCACAUAUUUCAGUUCAGUAGACUUCUGUGUGAAGUGCCAGCAGCCACGCCCCUCCAUAGGAGUUACUGGGAUUUUUCUGGCACCAGGUUGAACUUUUCUUGGUACUUCUGGCAAUGACAGAUCUGCAGGAUAGCUUUCUCUGCUGAGUGCCCUUGGGCAGGAGCAAGAGGAAAACCUCUGGAAGCAGUGUAAGGAGCCGAGAUCCCUCCCUCGCUGCUCACUUUCCCAGAAAUUCAGCUUGGACUUGGAUGCUCGUACUGAAGAUUUGUCCUGCCUCGUUCAUCUCUAAAGUUGUCUCUUCUGGAGCAGUCUGGUCUUGUGUUUUCCAGCUGCCUCCUGUGGCCCUUUUCUACUCUCAUCCCACUCUCAGCGUUUCUCUUUAGACAGUCAAGUGAUGUGAACUCUGGAAUGGAGUUUGUUAUACUUUGGGGACUUGCUUCCUUUUCCAGGCGGGUGCUGUCAGAGAGGACCAUUUGAAGGCUGUGGUUUGUUUUCAGGGAGGAGGGCACUGGCCUUGCCUGGAGCCUCCACCAUGUUCCUGUUGCUGCCUUUUGAUAGCCUGAUUGUCAACCUUCUGGGCAUCUCCCUGACUGUCCUCUUCACCCUCCUCCUUGUUUUCAUCAUAGUCCCCGCCAUUUUUGGAGUCUCCUUUGGUAUCCGAAAGCUCUACAUGAAAACUUUGUUAAAAAUCUUUGCGUGGGCUACCUUGAGGAUGCAGAGAGGAGCCAAAGAGAAGAACCACCAACUUUACAAGCCUUAUACCAAUGGAAUCAUUGCAAAAGAUCCCACUUCACUAGAAGAAGAAAUCAAAGAAAUUCGUCGGAGUGGGAGUAGUAAGGCUCUGGAUAACACUCCAGACUUUGAGCUCUCUGACAUCUUCUACUUUUGCCGGAAAGGAAUGGAGACCAUAAUGGAUGAUGAGGUGACAAAGAGGUUCUCAGCAGAGGAGUUGGAGUCCUGGAACCUGCUGAGCAGAACCAAUUAUAACUUCCAAUAUAUCAGCCUGCGGCUCACUGUCUUAUGGGGGCUAGGAGUGCUGAUUCGGUAUUGCUUCCUCCUGCCGCUCAGGAUAGCUCUUGCUUUCACGGGGAUCAGCCUUCUGGUGGUGGGCACAACCAUGGUGGGAUACGUACCACAUGGGAGGUUUAAGGAGUUCUUGAGUAAACACGUUCACCUGAUGUGUUACCGGAUCUGCGUGCGAGCGCUGACAGCCAUCAUCACCUACCAUGACAGGAAAAACAGACCUCGAAAUGGUGGCAUCUGUGUGGCCAAUCACACCUCUCCUAUUGAUGUGAUCAUUUUGGCCAGUGACGGCUACUAUGCGAUGGUGGGUCAAGUGCAUGGAGGGCUCAUGGGUGUGAUUCAGAGAGCCAUGGUGAAGGCCUGUCCUCAUGUCUGGUUUGAGCGCUCCGAAGUGAAAGACCGCCACCUGGUGGCUAAAAGACUGACUGAGCAUGUAAAGGAUAAAAGCAAGCUACCUAUCCUCAUUUUCCCAGAAGGAACCUGCAUUAACAAUACAUCGGUGAUGAUGUUCAAAAAGGGAAGUUUUGAAAUUGGAGCCACGGUGUACCCUGUUGCUAUCAAGUAUGACCCUCAAUUUGGUGAUGCCUUCUGGAACAGCAGCAAAUACGGGAUGGUGACAUACCUGCUGAGAAUGAUGACCAGCUGGGCCAUUGUCUGCAGUGUUUGGUACCUACCACCCAUGACCAGAGAGACAAAUGAAGAUGCCGUCCAGUUUGCAAACAGGGUGAAAUCUGCCAUUGCCAGGCAAGGAGGACUCGUGGACCUGCUCUGGGAUGGUGGCCUGAAGAGGGAGAAGGUGAAGGAUACAUUCAAAGAGGAGCAGCAGAAGCUGUAUAGCAAGAUGAUUGUUGGGAACCAUGAGGACAGGAGCCGUUCCUGAGUCCUCGCCUUGCGCUGGCUGGAGCCGCCAUGCUCGAAUCCUGACCUGUGAGCCAGCUGGAGUUGUUGCUGCUGCCACCGCCGCUGCCCCCGUGCUGCAUCCUUUCCAGACUCCGGGGCUCCUCGGACUGCUCUGCACCCGAGACUUCCAGCUUCUUCAGCCGCGCUUGGACCCCUGGGCCCUGGGGCAGUGCAGCCUGCCCUCUGGCUGAAGUGAGUGCUGCUGGUUGUUGCUGCCCGGGGGGAGAUGCCUUUUUGUUUCUUUUACACUUAAUUCCAUUGGAGGAAUGCCAUUAAAGUCGACUCUCCACCUGUGCAUGGUGUGCGGGGCUGAGUAUAUAGGAAGAACCAUCCACAUUCCCGUCAGGGAUGUUAGGUGUGUUAGUCAGUCCCAGAGGCCCAAAUCCCAGGGUGCUCUGCUGGGGAAGGGGAAGGGCCCACCUGCUCUUGAGAGGCACUGCUGAGGUACCGUGGCUUGCUUCAGCCUUAACAUCGCCCCCCAGCCUUGGAGCCCCACAGACUCAGGAAAAAGAAAACUGUAGUCUGCGGGGGCUUUCAGCAAAAGGAAGUUUCAAUUCUUGUGCUACUACCCAUAGGAAGUCACCAAAGGGGAUGGGAAGAGGCCAGCCACCCACCGACUAGUCUGUGGUGAGAACCAGGAGUCAUUCUGCAUUCAAACUCCAGUGCUGGCCCAGAACUCCCCAUGUGACUCACUCUUUGUUAAUGUGUGCCUCAGUUUCCCCAUCUGUAACGUGGGUCAGGAGGGGAGGGGUGGUGAUACCUACCUCACAGGGUUGUUGUGGGGCGUCAAGUGCUACUUCGCAGGAAGGAACAAGUAAAGCUUAGUGUUCUAAGUACAGGCCCGUGACAGGCGGCAGGACGAGCUCGGCUCCGAGCUGCUGCACAGGCCUUUGGAUUUGUUUUUGUGAGUAAAUAAAAUCGUCUUGGUUGGUGAAUGGA